GGCACAACACAGAGCACUUCCUGAGAAAAAGGGUUGUUGUUUAUCAUACCUUCUGAAAUCCUUCUCAUAACCUACCAAGAGUCUUUCCACUGUCCUUGAAAACUUGACACAUAAAACUGAUGGUACAGCAAUGAUGAGUGGACAAAAGUCAUGCUAUGAGCUUACAAUAGAGUUACAAGGACACGCAGACAGCGUACCAAGUGAAGAGGAACCGAUGUUGGUGAAAAGUGGAGCUGAAGGCGGCCAUGCUGCUUCCUGGUCCGGUGGCGCUGAAGGCGGCCGUGCUGCUUCCUGGUCCGGUGGCGCUGAAGGCGGCCGUGCUGCUUCCUGGUCCGGUGGCGCUGAAGGCGGCCGUGCUGCUUCCUGUGAGGAACAACAGGAGGAUUUGUGCCAAUACACCACAGAUACCCUCACCUAUAUUGAGACAGUGAAAGGAUUCUGUGAGGGGUUCUAUACAUGGAUGGAUGCAAGGGAGGAAGAGUUGUCCCAAAUGGGGGGCAUCAAAGGCAGAGCUGUCAAAGCUGACCUGAGCCUUAGCCAUGUUAUGUGGCUAGUGGUGAGAGCUCUGUGGGUAUGUAUGAUGACUCCGUUUGAAUGUCUGAAGGCUCCAAGGGAAUAUAGGUCAGCUCUGAGGAAAUGUAAGUCAGCUCUGUGCGAAUGUGUGAAGGCUCUGUGCGAAUGUGUGAAGCCUCUAUGUGAAUGUAUGAAGGCUCUGUGGGAAUGUGUGAAGCCUCUAUGUGAAUGUAUGAAGGCUCUGUGCGAAUGUGUGAAGCCUCUAUGUGAAUGUAUGAAGGCUCUGUGCGAAUGUGUGAAGCCUCUAUGUGAAUGUAUGAAGGCUCUGUGCGAAUGUGUGAAGCCUCUAUGUGAAUGUAUGAAGGCUCUGUGCGAAUGUGUGAAGCCUCUAUGUGAAUGUAUGAAGGCUCUGUGCGAAUGUGUGAAGCCUCUAUGUGAAUGUGUGAAGGCUCUGUGGGAAUGUGUGAAGCCUCUAUGUGAAUGUAUGAAGGCUCUGUGGGAAGAAAAACAUGAGAACACGCACACCCAAGAGAGUAUAACAAAAGAGCAUGAAACACCAGAGACAAAGCUGGCUGAUGAGUUGAAGAAAACUCUGGGAGGUCUGAAGGAGCUCGACCGCUUCCUGGAGGCAGUUGAGAAGUUGGCGGUCACCUCACUUCAUGUGUUCAUGGAGGAGAACCAGGUGUUACAUCCGCCAGAGAGGUUUAGCCCUAAAUGUGUUCAGGCUGUCAUCAUCGCUGCACGACAAAUCUGUCCUCUCCUCCUCGAGUUCAAAAGAGAUGCAGGUGACUUCUUCCUCCCCAAACUUCACAAUGUGGAAGUGCUGUCAUACCAAUUGGAAAAAUACAUAAAGACCACUUGGAAGAUCUGUGUGAAGUUGGAGAAAAGUCUAUAUGUCCAGAUUCCGACUACAGAAACUGUUGUGAACCUCCAUGUGUCUGAAGAAGGUGUUCAAGAGAGGCUUUGUGACAUUAAACUGCUAAAUGAAAUCAGGAUGGGCGAGCACUUCCGAACGGUGCUCUUGUUCAAAGACGAGUCCUGUUCGGACUUCAUAAAUAAGUUCAAUAGCUGUGAACCCAGGAUGCUGGAGUCUCUAAAACACCUGGACGAUGCUGCUGACAAUCUGAACUAUCUGAACCAAGUGGUAAAGACCUUCGGUGUGAUAGGCAGCUUGGUGGGGAUAGGUGGAGGUUUUCUUUCCAUUUGCGGUUUGGUAUUGAGUCCUGCAACAGAAAGAGUACCUCGGACAAAAUCGGGGGCAUAUCUGGGAAUUUUCUGCACAGUCAUCAUUGUUCUUGCAUUCAUCAUAGAGUUGAAUUGGGAAUACAAACAAAAAAAGGCCAGUGAACUCUUCCAGAGCUUCAUGAAGGACAUGCAGAGUCUCCAACUUUGUCCGAAGGAGAAGACCAAUCACCAACUGGCCCAAAUACAAGAAAGUUGUGUUGUGGAAGAAAGCAUGGUGUUUAGCAAAGUUCGCACUUUAGUUAAAUCUAUUGACUUUGUUGCUGACAUUGAAGGUACUUCAGAUAUCCCAUAUAUUUGUCAGACAGCAGUCAAAGGACAUUUUAACAAUCUAUUUUUGGUUGGAGCAAAUGUUCUUUCCCUUGCAACGGAUGUCGUCUUCAUCAUUAGGCAUUGCUGCAGUCUGAUCAAAUGCAGCGAGACUGAAGCCUCAGAGAUCAUCACAGCCAGAGCUGCACUUUGGAGAUCACAGAUGGACUCAUGGAGGAAGAUCCAUGACUCUCUAUGCAAAGGUCAGAGAACAUCGGAUGAACACCAAGCUGUCCUGGAUAAGCUAUUUAACCAGGGAGGGCAAUAGAGAGCAAUGACUCCACAAAUGAAAUAUCAGUCUGAUCAAGUGGAUGACAAAUGAAAUAAGAGUGGCAACUGAAGGUUUUUUGUAUCUAAUUAUAUUUUUAUUUUUUGUAACUCUGAGUAAUAUGAAUAAAUCAUGUUGGAAAAGCGAAUCUAACUAAUAUGUAGAUUAAUGAUCAUCAGCAUAGAAAAUCAUUUAAAUCCAUCUAUGCUUAAUCAGCUGUAUUUCUAAUGACAAACAUGAUUCAUUGCGUCUCUGUAUAUUAACUUCAUCACAUGGUCAGUAUGAGUGUUGUCACUAUGAAGCUUGUCUCAAAACAUAAUGCUCGUGUAUCAUUCAAAAACAGAUUCUUUGUUGAGUAAGUGAACAUCUUUUACUAUAAAGCUGCAAUGUGUUGCAUUUUGUAAUUAUUCUAUAGAUAUCUGGCUAUAUUAAAAACAUUUUCUGUCUCAUAACAAACAGACACAUAGUGACAGAUGUAUAUUAGUACUUGGAUGGUUGUUGAUUUGUUUCAAACAAUGUGGCAUUGUGUUUUCCAAAGCUGUAGUGUCAUUAGAGGUGUCUGCUUUACCUUCAUAUUUGCAAAGUCUAAUUUUUGUAAUUUUUUUAAUUAUGUUGCGGUAUCAAUGUUUUCAAUCAUUUUACAACCUGAAUAUUUCACUGGUUAUUUUUCUGUAGGUUGUUAUUUUCACAAGGAAAGACCGUUUGACUUCAUUUAUAUGAUAUCCAAAAAAAGUACAAAAACAAUGCUUGUACUAAACUUUACAAUCAAUAAAGAGGAUUCUUCCAUCUCUUGUAAAAUGUGGUUCACCAAUUUAGGAAAGUUCCUCUGUAAAAACAUAGGUGUUACCUGUGGCCAGGUCAGUGCCCUGUGGGUGUGUCCUCUGUCUCCGCCCUGCUCUGCCUUCCUGAGCUCAGGUGUGGGCAAUCACCUGAGCAGGUGAAAGGAGGCAGUAUCAGGGCGGCUCUCUCUCUCUCUCGCUCUCUCUCUGAUUACAG